AUGAUGGAUUACUACAAAAUACUGGGGGUUCCUCAAGAUGCUUCCUCCUCUGAUAUUAAAAAGGCCUAUCACCAGUUAGCACGACAGGUACACCCAGACAAGAACCCAGAGAACAAGGAAGCAUCUGAGGAGAAAUUCAAACAAGUAGCAGCAGCCUAUGAGGUCCUGUCUGAUGCCAAGAAGCGCAGUAACUAUGACAGGUCCAGAGAAAACCACUUCAAAAGGGGAAACAGAGGAGACGGCAGAGAGGAAAACCACUUGGAGAAGGAACUGCCAUUUAAGAGGCCACACAGCAUCUUUCAGAAUGACUUUGAAGAUGAACACCUCUUCUCAGGAGAUUGUUUUUCCACUGGCCGUGUGCGUAGGGCUGGGCUGUUCCACGCCUCCUUCUUUGAUGUGACCCCUCUGUUGGACACAGGAUUUUCUACUUUUGUAUCCCUGGGCUCCAGACCAAGUGCCCCUUCCUCCAGGACAUUUGUGCCCUUCGUAAGCAGCGGAAUGGGAAACUUCAGACUGGUCACCACUUGUAGCCAGAUAGUGAACGGCAAGAGAGUUGUCACAAAGAAAGUGAUAGAAAAUGUAAGGGAGGGGUUUGAAGUGGAAAAAGGAAGACUAUCUCAUUAGGUUCCUCCACCUGAUGAGCAAGGAGUGUUCUUUAACAGGAAGACUUUCAAAUCCAGCUGGUGAGUCUUGAUGCUUCUCAAAGUCAGAAAUGGAAUUUUAGGCUGUUUUGAAGUGGGAUGGACAGCGGUCACCUUAGUCCAAACCUCUCAUCUCACAGAGGAGGCGUGUAAUGGGCCAGAUGUUGACACAAGAAGCUCAUAAGCAGCAGGGCUGGGUUUCCAGCCCAAGCCUGGUGACAACACUGAGCCUUCUUUUCACCUACUCCCUAUUAGGGAAAGGAGAGAAUUGCCACAAAAAUGGCCUUCUGAGUCAGUUUCACAGCCUUAUCACUAUAAAUCCAUUGACUUCCCUUCAGCCCCUCCCCCCACCUUUUAUUACCCAGCUGCCCCUUUCUCAAUGGCUACUUUUUUUCUCUUUCUGCUU